AUGGCUAAGAAUCAGCUAAUUGUAGCGAUUCGGUUUUUAUUUCCGCUUGUUUUGUUUUUAGCUGUUUUACUUUGUGUUGAUGGUAAGAGAUUCAGUCAUAAUAAUGGUCAUCAACAUGAUGACCAUAAGAUAAGAAGAGGAAGAUGGGAGGGUAAGCUGAAGAUGAAAUUCUAUCACAAGACCUGCCCUGAAGCCGAGGAUAUCGUGAGAGAGAUUGUAUGGAAAAAAGUCAAAGCUAACCCUAGCUUGUCUCCCAAGUUACUGAGAGUUCAUUACCAUGAUUGCUUUGUUAGGGGUUGCGACGCGUCGCUGCUUUUAGAUUCAGUUGCUGGAAAAGCAGCAUCCGAGAAGGAAGCGAGACCUAAUCUUUCGCUUUCCGGGUUCGAAAUCAUCGAUGAGAUCAAGUCCAUUCUCGAAAAAAGAUGCCCUAAAACCGUGUCUUGCGCAGACAUUCUCACCCUAGCCACCCGAGACGCCGUCUCGUACCAAUUUGGAAGGCCGUUAUGGAACGUUUUCACCGGACGUGUUGAUGGAAAAGUUUCAUUGGCGACGGAAGCCGCCAGAGACUUACCCUCCGCUGGUGCAAACUUCACCUCUCUACUGAAACUCUUUGCCGAGAGCGAUUUGGACGUCGUUGACCUCGUGGCUUUAUCAGGAGCACACACAAUAGGAACAGCACGUUGCGGUGUGUUUGGUCGGAGACUCUUGAACUUCACCGGGAAAGGAGACACAGAUCCUUCACUGAACUCUAGCUACGCUUCUUUCCUCAAAUCCAAAUGUUCCGACAAAUCUCUAAGACUCAACUCUUCCGCAGUGGUCGGAAUGGACCCCACCGGAGCUCUCUCCUUUGAUAGUGGCUACUUCUUCUCUCUCCUCCAACACAAAGGACUAUUCACCUCCGACGCCGCCUUGUUGACUGAUCGCUCCGCUGCUUCCAUUGCUAGUGCUUUCCAAGACUCCGGCAGUUUUCUUGCUCAGUUUGGUCGGUCUAUGAUCAAGAUGAGUUCCAUCAAAGUCCUUACACUUGGAGAUGAAGGUGGUGAGAUUCGCAGAAACUGUCGCGUUGUCAACUAA